AUGGUGCAAAGCAAUAAUGAUUCCGAUAAGAACGAUGCAGUGGAUAAAAUUAAAAAAUACUAUAAUUGUAGAUAUAUUUCUGCAUGUGAAGCUUCAUGGCGGAUUUUCAAAUACGGUGUUCAUUAUAGAUAUCCUGCUGUGAUUAGACUACAUUUUCAUCUUCCAGAUCAACAACAUGUUGUAUAUGAGGCAGACGAUGACAUUGAAGAUGUUCUUGACCGAACUUCAAUUGCUUCUUCAAUGUUCACAUCUUGGAUGAAGUAUCUGAUUUGGAAGCCAAGGAAAGUUGGAUAUGCGAUUGGUAGAAUUCACUCUGUUUCACCUAAACUCGGAAAAGCAUAUUUCUUAAGAAUUCUUUUAAAUAAAGUGAAAGGUCCUAAAUCAUUCGAAGAAAUUCGCACAGUUGGUGAACUAUGUUCUUCUUUUAAAGAUGCAUGUUAUAAUCUUGGCCUUUUAGAUGAUGACAAAGAAUUCAUCGAUGCAAUUAAGGAAGCAAGUCUUUCUGGAUCUGGUUUUUAUCUACGGUUCUUAUUUGCUACGAUGUUAUUGUCCAGCAGUUUGUGUAAACCAGAGAUAGUUUGGCAAAACACUUGGGAAUACCUGUCAGAUGGAAUUCUUUACAAUCAACAACAGAGAUUAAAGUCUCCAAGUUUAUCACUAAACGAAGAUCAACAUAAAAACUUGACCUUGUUUGAGAUAGAACAAAUUUUACUUCAUAACAAUUCCAGCCUUAAAAAAUAUGGAAAGAUGCCUUACCCAGAUGUUGAUUCUGUUUCAUCUUCAAACAAUUGUCUUAUUACCGAGGAGCUAGAUUAUGACAUUCCAAAUUUAAAGAACGAGUUUGAUCGGUUGUUUGUUGCAUUAACAAACGAGCAACGAGGCAUUUUUAUUGAUAUCAUGGAUGCAGUUAAACAUAGUAGGGGAGGUGUAUUCUUUGUUUAUGGUUAUAGUGGAACUGGUAAGACAUUUCUUUAG